GGGAGCCUCUGUCGUCGUCGUCGUGUAUAUAGCCUCCCUCGAUCGCCGUCCUCCCCUCCAAUUGUUUCUCGUAGCUUCCUUCCUUCGCCCCCUCCCUCUCCUAUUCAUCUGGGCGUUCUUGCGAAGCUGUUCGACCGACGCGAGAUGGCGGGCAACAAGCGGAAGGCCGACGACAACAUUAACGGGGCAAGGCAUCCGGCUGCGCAGACGGAGGCUACAGCCGGCGACGACCUCGCCGGUACAUCGUCGCAGGCAUCAGGGCCGACGGCGAAUCCAGCCGGCGACGGCACUGCCGGGACUUCGCAGGCGCUCGCAGGGCCGACGGCGGCGACUACAGGCUCCGCCGGCGGUUCUUCCCAGUCCGGUGGAGCUCCGCCGCACCGGCAGGCUUUUGCAGGGCAGACGGCGACUACACCAGCCUUCGCUGUAGGCUAUCCCGGCAGCUCGUCCCAGUUCGGCGGAGCUGCUGGCGGGGGAUUCUCUCAGCCGCAUUCGAGGGCGCCGACGACGCCGGUACUCCGGCCGCCUCUGGGCAAUCCAGCUGCUCGUAGGGCCGGGGGCGGGUCGGGGUACAGGGGAUUCUCCCAGCCGCCAUCUCAGGGGAUGCUCUGGCCGCCGCGGGGCAAUCCAGCCGUUGGGAGUGCGCCCUUCCCGUACCACGCGCCGGCCGGCAAUGGUUCGCUCUCCGGCCAGAGCCAGAUCGCCGGCCCCACGCAGACAGGAACAGGGCAGCCGCUCGGCCACUCCGGCUCCGGCGGGCCUUCUUCGGCGAUCUCUUCGGCAAGCGCAUCAGGCGCUCCAGUCAAUCCCCUCGUUCGAGCGUGCCCUCGUUGCAACAGGCCCACGAUCGUGGUUUUGGGCUUGUCGCCAUUGUGCGCGGAUUGCCUAAGCACUUUCGUCAUCAGCUACGUGCUCCCGCGGCACCCGGAGAUCCACUACGGCGGCGCGCGCGCGACGCAGGGUCAGGGCAUCUCCAAUGGUCACCAGCGCCAGCUCGACCACCGCCUCCGCCAGCCUUCUUCCGCGGCGCAGCCACGGGCACGGGCUGCCGUCGGCCCACUCAUGAGGGCACCAACUGAUGGCUGGUGCAGUAGUUGCCUAGCGCUAACCAGGGAUGUUUUGGGCUCGUCGCCCUUGUGCCAGGUUUGCUACAACCGUCGCUUCGUCGCCGGCGGCGUGCCUCCGCAGCACGCGCAGACCGGCGGCCACGUGCUUCUGAACCCGGUCCCCAGGGGGCCAGUCCCUGCCAGUGAGCAGCAGUACCGGGCUGCGGCCAUUGGGCCUUCUUCCAGCUCGAGCUCGGCCGUGGGUUCGGGCCCGAUCUGCCAGGCUUGUGGCUACCCCUUGGGCACCGGCAACAGGGCGUGCAGGUUUGGGCACCUCCACGGUCCGCCACCGCCACCGCCAGGGCUCGGCUAGCUCGUCGCUCCAAUCAGUGUGAGUGAGAAUGUCGUCUGAACUCUGGCAGCCUUUUCUGCUUGCUCUGUUUCGACAAAGAUGCUGCCUUGAGUAGUGAUGUAUGA